CAUUACAAUAUAUCGAUUUAACAUUCGCAACUUCCAAACGCCUGCUGAUGACAAGACUUCGAGUUUAAUUAAUCAACCAUCAAUUUGUCUUAUUAUAUGUGGGUAGAGAAUCAGAUUAUGUCUAGCAAUAUAGCAGGGGAUCCUAGAAAGGGGAAUCCCCACGUGGAAGCUUGCCUCGUUAAUCCACAAUUUCAUUCAUUUUCAAACUUUCAUGCACUAAACUAAACUAAAAUUUAAUCUAAUCUUUAAUUGUAAUUUGUGUUGUCAUGUUAUGUGUGAAAAUAUUGGGAUGCUCUUCUGUUUCUCAUUCUUUAAUGCUCCCUCCACGUUAUAUUAUAAGCUUAGAAUGAAUCAGUGAAUUGAGGAGGCGCCAUUUAUGUAGUUGGGAUUUUUGCAUGGGGAUAGCUUAAUUAUAAUUAGAUGCACUGUUGUCAAUGCAAAAGAAUCAGUGGCAAAAGUCAAAUAGUUGGCUAGCUUGGUUUAAGUAAUUUUAUUGGAUAAACUAAGUACAUUCAUGUAAAAUAUUAUUUACUGUUAAUUGACAUGGAUUUCACCACCUGUAUUGAGAAAAACACACAUAGAUUUUCAUCACCAUGUAUACGAAGGGUGGGAUAUAUGGUUUUUUUAAUCAUUAGGUGCUGACUUAAGGGAUUCGAAUAAGUGACUUUUUCAAAUUCUCUGGCGGGCGUCGUUCUUAGAGGCUUGGGGGCGGUUGUGUGGCCAGUUGGGAGAGCAAAUGGGUGUGUAGAUGUCUGCCUCGACAUUGUACAUCUCCCUAUUUGUAAUUUUGGUAUGACGGCGGUGUGAUUAAUUGAAUUUUUUUUUUCCUUGUAGACGUAUUUUGACGUACACCACUUGUGUAAAUAGACUCGCUUUUCUUGACUUUAGGCAAUGUUAAUGAAAGCAAUACUCGCCAUCUUCGAUAGUAUCACUACUAGACCAAAGCUGUUGGUUUUUUUUUUAAUUAGAUCAAUCAAUCGAUUAACUCAGUAACCGAAGCUUGUAACUAUAAACAAGUACCAUGAGUCACCUUCCAUGAAAUUCAGUGAAGCACUUAAUUAUGUAGGUUAACUAAUUUUCAGUAGUAUAAAACCAUUGGAGUGCUCUCCUUAGGUUGGGUUUCGCAAUUCACCCUAUACAUAAUCCAUAUAUAAAUGUGCCUGUUCGUUGAGCUUGAUGAUCUUCUCUUGUAUUGUUUUUUUCUUUAUAUUUACUAUGUUGAAUUUUUUUUAUGGAUCAUAAUUCAUAUAUAUAUAUAUAUGUAUUCAUUGUUCCUUUUCUUCUUUUUAGCUAGCUAUCUAGGUUAAUUAAAUAAUUACCACGAGUCACUUCCCAAUGAAUUCAGUGAAGCAUUUAAUUAAGUAGGUUAAUUAAUUACAUUAUUAAAGGAUUAGGUUUUACAUUACCAUACACUUCAAAUUAAUUUUUACCUCGAUUGUUUACCCUACGAAGCCCACGAUGACAUAACAACGACUAGAAAUGGUGUCGUCGACAAGAAGUACUUACGUCGCAUUCUUAAUCACACUAGGAAUUCUCAAGAGUUGUAACAAGUUUUAAUUUUAAUUGGAUCGACACCAAGAACAUAUUUCUGGGUAUUAUUCCAUUUUUAUCAUUCAUAUGUCUUUUAAAGAAACCAAUCUCGAGAGGUAAAUUCGGAUACACGUUCUCUUUUCUUUUGUUUGAGAUGGAUACGAUAAAACAGCGUGAUUCAAUGGUUGUAACCAUCAAAAAGGAAAUCGUGGAUACUAAACUUCAUUCGUGCAUAAAUAUAUGCUACUUUUCCUUGGUCCUCCUCUUUUUGCAUCAGAGGCGGAGGCAGCCACUUUUGCCCCUGUCACAGGACAAGGGUCAUUUUUGACUUGGAAAAAAAAUACCCCCAUAUAUGUUCCACACAAGUAUCAAACCCAGAACCUUCAGUUCACACAGCAUAGCUUUACCGCUACGCUACAUCCAAUUGUUUGAUUAUAAAUGGAAACAAUAUAGAUAUAUUCGUUCUUAAACGGAAUCCCAAUUAAACAAAAACCUAAUCCCAUCCCUUUACCCUCUUCGUAUUUUCAUUUUUCAUACAGCAGAAAGACAGACGAGAGAAACAGCAGCAGUCGGCCUCUUCAGCGGCAGGGGAAAGGGGAUUUUCCUCCUCUGCGACCAUCACCGAUCCAACCCAGCAACCCCAACCAUUUCGGCCUUUCUUCUUACUUUCCCCUUAGGCCUUUGCCUUUCGUUCUCCUUAGCACCUCCUUGCGGCAGCAGCAAAAGUCAUCGUCCACAGGCAAGCGGCAGCGGGUGUUGGGUGGCAAUCCUUCCAUUCUAUUUCACCAUUUUGUUCUAGGUAAGCUGUGAAAUUGAAACCUGAAAUUAUAUUGUGUUGUUCACCGAUGUAACUCAUGAUAGUUGUGUUUGUUGAUAUGUAAAUAGAACUGAAAUUGUGUUGCUUAUUGUGUGCUUAUCUUGGCAAAUUAGAUCUUUCAAAUGGAGAGGUAUUACUUUCCAAAGAAGAACAAGACUUCCCCAAUUACUACAGCCCAAGAUUUUGAAGGAAGUGGAAGUAGACAAGCCCAAACUUUUCCUCCUUCAACGGUGGUGGUUCCUUCCGAGAUUCGAAAAUCAAAUGUAUCGGUUUCGACAAACUUUUCCUCCUUCAUCCUGAUGUGCAAGAUGAAGUUAGAAGGUUUUAUCUUGAAAAUGGUCCGUGCCAACCUAAAGGUCAUCGUUUUCCAUAUAGUGACUUUAGUGGGAAGAAACGCAGAUUCCGUUCAUCUUGGUUUCUAGAGUAUAAUUGGCUUGAAUACAGUAUUGAGAAAGAUGCAGCAUUUUGUCUCUACUGUUAUUUGUUUGGUAAGAAAAGUGGAGCACAUGAUGGUUUUGUUGGUGAAGGUUUCAGAGGAUGGAAUAGAAAGAAGUGUUUUGCUGAUCAUGUGGGCAGGCAUAACAGCUUCCACAACAAAGUCUUUUGCAUAUUAGUUGAUGAGACUCGUGAUGCUUCAACCAAGGAACAAAUGGCCAUUGUUUUACGUUAUGUGAAUGAUCAGGGUUUGGUUAUGGAGAGGUUUCUUGGUACUACUCAUGUGGCAAAUACCAAAGCCUUGACACUUAAGGGUGAAAUUGAAAGGCAAAAUACAGUUCCAUAGCCAAAACUUUCACGUUUGUGCCAAUAAUAGCCACAUUUGGCGAAAUACCACUUAUAGCCACCUCCGUCCAAUUCUUUAACGCUGUUAACGUUAAGUGUGACUGGGCAAGCAGAGCAGCUUACGUGGACCGCCCGUAAUUUCCACGUGGACAAUAAUUAAAAAAAAAAUUAUUAUUUUUUUAUAUUCCACCAUAAAGUGUAAUAAAGCUCUUCUUCAUCUUCCUUCCAGUCCACAGUCUCUCUCCAGUGAUGCCAUUCUCCACUCCCCUUUUUCUUCUUCAACCCUCAUCUCCACCACAUCCACUGUCUUCCCUCCGCCGCCGUCUCUGCAUCUCCAAUUCGUAGCAUUUCCUUCCCCUUCCCCGGAAGUUAUGUCGUCUUCUUCUCCAAUCGUCUACUCUAUCUCCCUUCUUCUCUCCCUCGCACUCAUCUUCAUCUUCGCUCCCGAAAUCCUCCCUUCCCAAAACCCUUUCUCCUCCCCUCACGACGAUCUUGACGAUCUCGCCCUCUUCAAUAAAGCCCUCCGCUCUGUCCACGGCGACAGCCGCGGCGGCCACCGCCGCCUCCGAAUCUCCCGCCUCGCCACCAAAAACCCCACCACCAAGAUCGCCGCCCGCGGGGAGAACGCGAUGAUGCCGGAGGUGCCCUUCGACAAGUUCCGGGUCGGGUCGCAGUUCUUCGUGCUCGCCAAGCGCCACGCGCUGCUCGUGCUGUCUGACAGGAAGCUGUGGAGGAAGUUCCGGCUCCAGUGCCUGAACCUGGACUCCUGUUACCCGGAGGAGCACUACUUCCCGACGCUUCUGUCCAUGGCGGAUCCCAAAGGGUGCAGCAAGUUCACUCUGACGAAUGUGAACUGGACGGGGAGCUGGGAUGGACACCCGUACACCUACGAGGCACCGGAGAUCUCGGCGGGCUUGAUACGGAGGUUGAUACGGGCUUGAUUCGUGGAGAGUGGAAUUUGGGGGAAGAACCCUAAUUCCGAAAUCGGAAUCGAUUAGUAGAGGAAUCGGGGAGAGUGGAAAGUUGAGGAUUCGGGGAGAGUCGAAAUUUGAAGUUUGGGAGAGGAACCCUAAUUUUUAGAUCGGGCAAAAAUUGGGGCUGAAGGACUCGUUUCGAUGGAAAUGGAAUAUAUGGUAAGAAUUUUU